AUUUAAUAAAAGCAAUGUCAGGCAUUGUUUUGGUUACAUAGCGGGUCCCUGUCAGCAGCAGCAGCACUGCAGCAGUACACAUGUCCACCACUAGUCCGUUUGUCGACACACAGUAGUCAUGUUCUCCUCACGCGUUACCCGCUCGGUGUUAAGGAGAGGAUCCAAUGCAGUUGUACGCUUCUGUUCAGGAGAGUCUGGGUCUCAUGGCAAGUCACCCAUCACAAAGGUGCCUCUGAGUGAGGCAGUUCCUUGGCUACCCAAAGCUGUCUAUGCCUCGUCCUCGGAUAUUGUUCAUGAAACUAAAGUUACAACCUUAGAAAAUGGUUUGCGUGUGGCAUCUGAACCUAAAUUUGGAAACUUUUGUACAGUCGGAGUUGCAAUUGACAGCGGGAGCAGAUUUGAAGUGGCACUUCCAAGUGGAAUAUCUCACUUUCUUGAGAAAUUAGCAUAUGGGAAUACCCAACAUAUGACACGAGAAACUAUUAUGGGAACAUUUGAAAAACUUGGUGGCAUUUGUGAUUGCCAGUCAUCAAGGGAUACACUAAUAUAUGCGACAUCUGUGGAAGCUAGAGGCAUGGCAGAAGCAGUCAAGAUAUUGUCAGAGGUGAUUCUAAGACCUCAGCUUCAGCCAGAGGAAAUAACAGAUGCUCAGAUGUCAGUUACGUUUGAUUUGGAAGAUCUCCAGCUGCGACCAGAAAAGGAUGUUCUACUCACAGAAAUGAUUCAUGCGGCUGGAUUUAGGGACAAUACUCUGGGUCUUCCAAAAAUCUGUCCUCCUGAAAAUAUCACAAAAAUAGACCGAUCAACAUUGUUCACUUACCUUAAGCACCACCACACCCCGAAGCGCAUGGUGGUGGCCGGUGUGGGAGUUGAACACGAUGCUCUUGUAGAAUUUGCACAGAAAUAUUUUGUAGAGAUGCCACCCAUCUGGGAGACAGAUCCAACCCUCGCCAAUAUUCACAGGCUUUCGGUUGACCACUCUGUAGCUCAGUACACAGGCGGACUUGUUAAGGAAGAAGCAGAUCUUUCUGAUGUCUCUAUUGGCCCCAACCCACUACCAGAACUUGCUCACAUUGUGAUUGGUCUGGAGUCUGUGGGCCACCAGCACAAAGACUUUGUCACUCACUGUGUUCUCAACAUGAUGAUGGGAGGUGGUGGCAGCUUCAGUGCUGGAGGACCUGGGAAAGGAAUGUACACACGUCUUUACACUAAUGUACUCAACAGGUAUCACUGGAUCCAUAAUGCUACAGCCUAUAACCAUGCAUAUGAGGAUGCUGGUCUGUUCUGUAUCCAUGCUUCAGCUCAUCCGUCUCACCUGGCAGAUCUCACCCAAAUAAUUACUAGAGAACUCUCAGCCAUGAAUGGCCGCAUGAGCAAGGAAGAACUGGAGCGUGCCAAAGUACAGCUGCAGUCCAUGCUGCUGAUGAACCUGGAAAGUCGGCCUGUUGUAUUUGAGGACGUUGCACGGCAGGUACUGGCAACUGGGAAAAGGCUCCAGCCACAGCACUUCAUGGAUCUAAUAAAGAGAGUGACAGAUGAUGAUGUAAUGAAAAUUGCUGGAAAGAUGCUUCGCUCCAGGCCUUCAGUAGCUGCCCUUGGUACUCUGAAGCGCCUGCCCAGGAUGGCUGAUAUUAAUGUUGCUCUCCUUAGUGGAAAUAGACUAAUAAAACCCCUAAGCAAAUUUGCAUUUUUUCAAUAGACAAAAUUUUGUGUAUUAUGAUAAUCAUAAUGUUUAGCUACCUAAUGCUCACUUAAUUGUACAAAUAGAGUUGGUAUAUGUUGCUCCUGUUGCUCAGUUGUUUAUCUGUAACAAAAUUAGAUUCUUUAUUCAGUUGAGCAUACAGGAUUAUCAUUUCACCAUGUUAUGUUUUAUAACCAUCUUAAAAAAGGAUAUGGUGCAUAUGUUAUUAUUUGUUAUUUUUUUUUAUUGUGUUUAUUUGGGACAUAUUGGCUGUCAACAUAAUCUCAGUGUACAGUAGUUUUUUUGAAAAUAAAAAAAAGUAUCUGA